AUGGAUUUAGUAAUAAUUAUUUUAUUUAUUGAUUUAUUAGGUUAUGAAGUAUUUUUAAUCGUAUUUGUUUCAGGUUGUGUAUUGGUAGGCAAAGAAGAUGUUGUGUCUAGUUUGUUUGAAUUAGUUAGUGCUUCUUUUGCCAUAUUUGUUAGUUUGCGACAGGUUCUAGUUCGGAUAUAUGGUUUGUUGGUGGUGAAAGAGUUAGUUAUAGUUGAAGUUUUGUUUAUAAAUGAUAAAUCUUCAUUUUUACUUGCUUUAGAACUUGUGGGAGAAAGUUUAGUCGCAGAUGGUGUUUUAUUCACGAACAUUGGAUCUUCAUUUUUGGUAUUGGCAUUAACUCUGGCAGCUAUUUUUUCAGCAAUUUUGUUGCUUCAUUUGAUUUUUCAUUUUUCCAUGAAAUAUUUACAGAGUUCAACAAUGACUUUUGGUUUCGUACUUUUAUGGUCAUGUUUAUUAAGACUGGAAAUUCUGGAAUACAGCUCGGAUUUACGUCAAGCUUUACAAGAUCGAAUUGAAAUAUUUCCUUCUUUGCUUGCAUACUUUACGAUUCGAAAUUUACCUGUCAUGAUGAUAACAUUUCCUUCUUCAAAUUUAGAAAGUUUAAAUUCUUCAG